AUGAAGCUAUUCCUAUCCGCCACCAUCCUCUCUCUGGCUUCGGCCGCCGCAGUGCAAAAGCACGGAACUGUGCAACAGCUUGCGACCUUUCCUGGCUUUGCUGAGAACAUCGCAGUCCGUCACAAUGGCCACAUCCUCGUGACAUCUCUCUCGACUCCUUCCAUCCACUACCUCAAUCCAGCCAGACCAAACAAAACCACCCUACUUCAACCCAUCCCAGGUGCAAACGGCGUCAGCGGCAUAGUUGAGCUACAAAAGGACAUCUUCGCCGUCGCAGCAGGGAUAUGGAACACGACCGCACGACGCGAGACCAAUGCAUCUGUAUGGACAGUCGACUUCCGGCACUCAUCUGCGCAUCCCACCUUGAGAAAGAUCGUCAACAUUCCAGAAACGACAGUCUUAAACGGGCUCACAUCGAUACCCGGAACUUCAAUCGUUCUUGCCUCGGACUCAGCAGUGGGUGCUAUCUAUGCCAUCAAUGUCAAAAAGCACACCCACUCGAUAGCGAUACAAGAUAGUGUUUUGGCGCCAACAGGGCCUACACCGAAUCUGGGCGUCAACGGAAUCAAAGUCCACAAAUCGAACCUGUAUUUUGCAAACAGCGGCACUGGCGUCUUUGGACGCUUUCCGAUAACCCGUUCUGGGAAGCCGACUGGGCCUGCAGAGACGGUAUCCCAGUUCAGCGGAUCGGUGGACUCAGCCAUCGAUGAUUUCGUCAUCGACGAGCAUGGGAAUGCGUACAUCUCUUUCCAUCCAAAUACUGUUUUCAAAGUCGACAGCCACAGCAAACAGAAGGUGAUUGUUAGCGGGGCCCAACAAAUACGAGAUCCGACAAGUGUCGCACUGGGACGGGGAAGCAAGAAAGGUAGAAAAGCCCUUUAUGCCUCUGUUAACAUUCUGGCGGACCCGACUGUUGGUGGUGUCGAUGCAAUCUAUCUGUAA